AUCGCUGUUCACACUAGUAUUGCGCCUUACCUAUGCGUGAUCCAGAUCUAGCUAGCUAGUCCCAAUCCCAUCUUCGUUCCACACUAAUUGGCUGGUUGUCUCUGCUCGGCUCGAUCGAGCUACAAUGUCAAUCUCUUCCCACUCGUCUGACGAAGAUCACAAGAGGAGUGGCAAGAAGAAACGGUGGUAUAGAGGCUGUCCUACGCGUGUAUUUCACGCGUUUCUUCACUCACUGGAUGCGCAGGAGGAGGAGCUGCCCGAGGUAGAGCACAUCAACAACUACGCCGUGUUCAUCGGGUACCUCUCCAUGGGGGUGAGAGGGCUGGGUUUCCUGGUGGUCACAUGGACCACCGUCGUCCUCCUCGGCGGCUUCGUCUCCGUUCUUGAGGAAAAGGACUUUUGGUGCCUCACUGUCAUCACCCUCUCACAGACGGUUGGGGCAUUCGAUGUCUUUCUCAAUGAAAAACUGAGCAGUAUUUGGCAUGCAUACCGAGGUCUAUUCAUUACCAGUGUCUCCUCCACCUUUCACAGAGUUUAUGCUAGACUCGAGAGCAGGGAAAAACCGAGCAUCUUUAUGCGGAUAAUUACUUUAUGUCUGGCAAGAAAAAUGGAUGAAAGCGAUUGUCUGGGCAUGUGUUUGAUGGAGAUCAUUGUCGGGAUUGCAUAUACCUUAUUUUGGAUUGUAGUUAGUUUUGCAAAGGCGGCUGUUCAAGCACUCCUGUUGCUGGUUAUACUUCUUCCUGUGGCGACUCUCUAUAUAUUUGGGCUGUACAUGUCUACAUCUAUCUCGUUGUGGCGUCUAAUACAGCACGACUACGGCGAUGAUGGAGGUGCCAACAUGAAGCCCGCACUGAACGUCCUGUACUCACUAGUUGUGAUCCAGGGUUUGGUUUUCUGCUACAAGAUCAUUUUCGCUCGCCAGGAUAAGAGCAUGGUAGUGUUUUCCACCGAGAAAUGGGGUGACGAACACGAUGAUGGUGCAUUGGCUGUGACAUGGGACUACCUGCGCGAGACUAAGAUGGGAUGCGAGAAGGACCCGUCGUUCGCCAGAGGGAGGAAUCUCAUCACGUAUGCCAUGGACCUGAUCGAGUCCAGGUCACCAGCGAACUACCUUGCAGGGACAAGGGUUGUCAACAUGCUCCUUAACUCGUACGAGCACGGUUCGCUCAUCAGGCAGCUGAUUGCGUGUGGAGGAUCUAGCUACGUACUUCAGAAACUUUUCGGCACACUAGGCCCCAGAAGCCCAUACUGUGGAGAGACGAGGGGGUAUGCCACGAAUAUAGUGGCACAUCUUGCAUCUCACAGACAGAUCCGCUUGGCGCAGUUCCCUGGAGGGAUUCAGUGCAUAUCUUCCAUGCUCGAAGACCUGCACAUAAAGAAAGACACCUCUGGUAUCGAAGACCUCCAAAAAAGAAAUGAAUACACUUCUCAGGUCGAAGACGGCUUGCGCAUCCUUGAGCAUCUCGCCAACGAUGAGGGCAACAGGAUAAUCAUGAAAAACACCCUGGGUCUCCUAUCUAGUAUCAUGGCGCCUCUAGGCGGAUUCCACCGUGACGGAGGUCAUUGUCAUGCAUGGGCCCACAUAGCCGGCGUCAUAAGUCAGCUACUCGUCGCUGCUCCUGGAGAGAUUGAAGAGAUUGGCCUCAAGCUGCGACGCGAAAUCUCACACAACGGCGAUGUGGUCGGGGCUCUAGAAAGUAUUCUCACAUGUGCUGAAUGUGAUCCACAGUAUCGCAUAAAAGCCAAUGACAUACUCGCGGAUCUAUUUAACUCCUUCACGGCAAGAAAGGAAGAAAACCUCAUCGGCAUCCUGGUAGAUAACUUCAUUCAUGUCAACAGGGAGGACCCCAACACACACUCCAGAGUAGAUUUUGCAGGCAGUCAGCUGGUAGAGCUAUCCAAGAAAAGCAAAAGCAGUGCGAAGCUUAUCUUGAGGGCAAACGAUGCUGUUGCUCCUGGUCUCAUUACAAUUGUCGAGAACAAAGCACGUGGAUCAGGGAGUGCAGAAGAAAUCCUGAACAAUCUAUGCAAUCAUUACAGCAAAGAUGACGAAUGUUUUGACAGACUGAAGAAAGCCUUGAUCAAUGGCAUGACAAAGGUGCUCACAGAAAUGCUUCCUCAGUUAGGACAAGGGAUACGAGCAGAAACAGAAGCACAAAACAACAUUGUUCUUUCAGCACCAGGUGAAGAAUUAGAAAUAGUUUGUGAAUCUCAAGAGAAUGCGAGGAACAGGAAGAUAGGCGAGGGCCAUAAACUCAAGAAAAAAUUAAAAUUUUUCUGUUUACUUGCGAAGAUUUGCAAUAAAUUGAUGAGUGCAGAUGACCAGGAUUUGUCUCGUCAGUUUGAUGAUAUCAUCGCUGUGAUGGACUCAGUGAAACCUGUUAGGACUUUUGCCUCCCUCGUAGAGGAAGCUCAAGAAGCCCUGAAAGAAGUAAAAGCAUAGGAAGCUUGACAAGAAGAAGCAGGCAGAAGAUCUUAAUCCCUUAUGAAUGAGAGGAAUACAAAAUUGUCUUCCAAGGAUUGAGUCAUAACUCAUAAGUGCACUGGUCAAUCUUUCAUACGAUAAAUCGACUGAUUCAGUGAA